AAGGCUGUUCAAUGGACGAUGGCGCUCCGCGGGCAUGAUGCGUAAUCUUGAACAAGAAUAUGUGCAUCGCUCUUACCGAUGACAGCUUUCAUGUACAGGGGCUGCCAAACCAUGAGUUCGUUUAAAGGCCGUCCAUCGAACCUGCACUGAACAGCGUGCUUCUCAUCCACUUUGACGCCUCUCGCCCCAAUUCUGUCCACACUGUCGCAAGAGCGAGUUGCUCCAAUAUGAACGUUCCAACCCCAGUCUGGUUCAUCACAGCAGCUUCAAGCGGUUUCGGCAAAUGCAUAGCCCUCGAAGCCCUGGCGAGAGGUCACAGAGUCAUUGCCAGCGCUAGAAGUCUCUCGCGCAUCGCCGAACUCAAAGAAGCAGGCGCCGAUACCGUGGUUUUGGAUGUCACAUCCCCGUUGGAGGAGCUUGAGCGGGUAGCAAAGGAAGCCAACGAUACAUACGGAUACAUCACCCAUCUUGCCAAUGUUGCAGGCUACGUGCUCGUAGGCGCUGUGGAGGAAACCUCCCCGGAACAAGAUCUCAAAAUCUUUACUACGAACGUGCUCGGUACCCUCAACGUCGUCAAAGCCUUCUUACCCCAUCUACGUGCCACAUCUGACCAUCGUACCAUUUCAAACUUUGGAUCGGUGGUAUCUUGGCAGGGCGGCGCGGGCUACGCUCUGUAUGCGGGAACGAAAUGGGCUGUAUCUGGUAUCACGGAAGCUCUGCGCGCAGAGCUCGCUCCACUGGGUAUCUCUGUUACCGUCGUCGAGCCAGGCUACUAUCGUACCGCUGUUCUGGCGGAAGGGGUGCAAGUGCAGAGCGAGAAGCGUAUUGAUGUGUAUGAGGAUGGCGACGUGGGAGAGCUGAGAAAAUGGCUGGAAGGGAAACAUGGCACCCAGAGAGGGGAUACUGCGAAAGCUUGUCGGGUUAUAGUUGAUGUGUUGACUAUGAGUGGUUGUGCUGAAGGGAAAGAGAUACCGAUAAGACUGAUGUUAGGGGAGGAUGCGCAUGAAGUGAUUAGAGAGAAGUGCGAGAGCACCUUGAAGCUGUUGGACGAGUGGGAGGGCGCUGCGACCAACACUGACUAUGAUUGAUGGGGCCUCGACAGACGUCGUCUGUGGCCUAUCUGGUUGGAACCUUUUGGUAUACAAGGAAUACGCGGCAAAUUCCGUAGCAGUCUAGCAGCUC